UGCUAGCACAGCCUUCUUUACCUCAUGGGAAGUGUUUUAAGGCUGACAAUCUCUGAAGUAGUAUUCAUUUCAGCAUCUUGGAAAUAAACCACAGCUUUACUUUCUUAUUCAGCCACGUGGGAUUAAUGCAUAGAUAACAAUAUCUAUAUUGAAGAAAAUCACAGGAGAACUCAAACUCUGCUACAACGUCACAAAGAAAGUGUUCUCGAUAGUCAACACUACCAUUUCUUCUCCAGCUCAGAAAAAGCCAGACUCAUUUUCUCUGCUAAAAUGACGACUUUGCAGACCAUCUUUUUUUUAUUUUUCAUUGUGCCUUUGGUGAAGUUAGUACCACCAAUUCAACAAGAGUCACUCAAUCUUUAUGAGUAUGAUACAGACAUUUUUGAAGAACUGUUUAAACAAGAUUAUGAAGACAAAUCCCAGGAUGCAAUAAAGAAAAAGGGAAAAGAUGGCAUGAUUCUUUCUCCUGACUCUAACAUACAACUGGAACUGCAGAGAGAUGAGAGUGUACCUAAAGUACGACCAACCAAAGAUACAAAUUUGCCCACUUGUCUGCUGUGUGUGUGUUUAAGUGGAUCGGUUUACUGUGAAGAAAUUGAUAUUAUUGCUAUUCCCCCUCUGCCAAAGGAAACAGCCUAUCUUUAUGCACGAUUCAACAAAAUAAAGAGAGUGGCAGUCUCAGAUUUUGCUGAUAUUCCUACAUUAAGAAGAAUUGAUUUAACUGGAAAUAUGAUAGAUGAAAUUGAAGAUGGUGCCUUUUCAAAGCUUCUGUUAUUAGAAGAACUUUCACUUGCUGAAAAUAAACUGAUAAAACUUCCAGUUCUGCCCCCUAAGCUAAUUACAUUUAAUGCAAACUACAACAGAAUUAAGAGCAGAGGUAUCAGAGCAAAUGCUUUCAAGAAGCAGACCAAUUUGUCAUAUCUCUAUCUAGCACACAACACACUGGAAUCUGUACCUCUUAACUUACCAGAGAGUCUGCGUGUUCUGCACCUUCAGUUUAACAACAUAACCUCAAUCACAGAUGACACAUUCUGCAAAUCCAACAACACACGUUAUAUCCGUUCGCGUAUGGAUGAGAUAAGAAUGGAAGGCAACCCAAUCAUCUUGGCAAAGCAUCCUAAUGCUUUUUCUUGCUUGAAAACACUGCCUGUCGGAGCAUAUUAUUAACCACUAUCUAUUAAUUAUACUAAAACUUAAGUAUGGUAACAGAUGAUCAUUCCUGUUCCUUUUUUAAAUGACUAUAUCCUUUCCCUUGUUAAUUAUGUUUUUCUAUAUACCUAUUCUAUGAACUUUUAAUUAUGUUAAAAAUGUAGUUCUAGUCUGAAAAAUCACUAUGUAAAAAAACCAGCAUCUUCUCACUUGGCAUACCCAAUACCACCUGUACUUUCAGAUUCAUGUGAGUUUAUAACAGUGUCAAAAGUAUGGGCUUAACCAUGCAACACUUACUUCUGCAAGCAUCCUUUACUCAUAAGUAUCAUUCCUUUAACUUCAGUGGUUUAAUUGCAACACUCAUAUGAAUACGGACUGCAGGAUCAGGCUGUAAGUUUUAAUUACUUUAUUCAUACUAACACUGCAAAGCAAACACAGCUGUGAGAAUGUUAUUCUGGCUUGCACAUCAGCAGAAUUGCUAAUUAAGUUCCAAGAGACAGCCACCCACCCACACAACUCAAUUGCAAGUUGGAGGCAAUGGGGUUGCACUGGUGUAACUACAACCAGAAUCUGGUUCAAAUCAUUUUAAUUACUGAUUAAAAUCCAUGACCUGUAAAAAGCAUAAGUUCACUCUAAGUCUUUGCCUUGAUCAGGGAAAUCAUUGAAUUCAGAUCAGGCUUCAGCAGAUGAACUUUGUUUUUCUUUUGGUAAACCAAGAAAGUUUCACUGGAACUCCCUAAGAAAAAAUAAAGAUGGACUUUUACAAUGUCACUUUUUAGAAUAGGAGCCAUAGUUCAAUUACUGGAAAAAUGUAAAAAACAGACACAGAAAACUUUAAAAUGCUUAGGAAUAAAAUGCAAAGUUGGUUCUAUCUUAAACUGUAAAACUGUGUGAAAAACUAAUACAAUUAUAUUACCAACAUGGUUUUACCCUUUUAGCUUUUUUCAGAUGCAAGCAAUAUAAAGGGACAGUCUCAGAUUAAUGGUGGGGGCUUCUGACAAUUCAGAUUAAAUAAAGAUAACUACACCUUAAAGAUAUUGAUUCUGACUUAACACAAAUACACAAUUUCAGAUUACUUUUCUUUUUCUGUUUUUGUUUGUUUCAAUAGGAAUUUGCACAGUCCUCAUUUGGCUUAGCUGCUUCAUAAAUACAAAUGUACAGAAAACCCUAAUCACUAAUACUAGACUUAUUUUUCCCACACAAGUGGUAAAUGAAAGGAGCUUGUUGAAAUAUGAAAAGUUCUCAACUUCAGAGCUACUAUUUUUUUUUAUUUGUAUAGUUAUUUAAAUUUCAAAUACAUAAAGGUAUUUCA